AUGUUUAAGAGUAAGGAGGAAUGGGACAAGUUUAUCUCUUUAUGGAAUUUCUUAGUACUCUCCUCAACUGAGCUUGAAUACAAUGAACACCUUGCUAGGCUACUUACAGAUUUUGAUACAUAUUCUCAGGCAAUGCAAGACGUGUCUCAAAGUUGGUUAAAUCCAUAUAAGGAUAAGUUUGCUGUAUGGACAGAUAGUUGUAUGCACUUUGGGAAUGUUACAACCAACAAGGCUAAAAGUGCACAUGCAAAACUUAAACGACAACUUGGUUCUAAUCAAGUCAAUUUUGAGUGUUCUUGGACCAAGAUCCAUAGUUUGCUUGAGUUGCAGCAUGUUGAUAUUAAGGCAUCGUUUGAGAAGAGUUUAAUCGUUGUACAACACCAGUUCAAACCAUCCCAUUUUAGAGAGCUCCGAAGCAAUAUCUCCAUAACUGCAUUAGAUCAUGUCUUAGUGGAGACUAAGCGAGCGAAUGAUGCUGGCAUUGAUGCUUCAGUAUGUGGAUGUGUUGUUCGACGAACACACAGGUUACCUUGUGCCCAUAAGAUUGCAGAUUACAUUCGACAGGGUCAUCCAAUACCACUUGAUAGCAUUAAUCCGCACUGGAGAACUCUUGAGCUAGUACAAAAGUUGAAAAAUGAUAAAGUGGAAUUGAGUUGUGAACCAAAGUUUGAUCUUAUACUUAAACGAUUCAAUACAUCUGAUUACAUUAUGCAGUUGGAAAUUCUGCAUAAGUUAAAAGAGAUUGCAAAUCCGCAAAGUACUUUUCUGAUUGAGUCGGAUGUGAAGCCCAACCCUCGAAGUAAGGGACAUAAGAAGAUCCCCACACAGGAUUCUGUCAAAGUACAAACAAAACGGCUUGCCAAAGAGAAGGUAUAUCGGACUUGUACAACAAAUUAUUCAUAUGUUGAUGCCCUUCCAGUUGGAUUGAAGCCUUACAUACGUCUUAUCAAGGAUGUAGAUGCCGAUGGCAAUUGCGGGUUUAGGGCCAUUGCUGGCUUGAUGGGGCUUACAAAGCCUGAAUGGGGUCAAGUCAGGCGUGAUCUCCUACAGGAAUUUCACACACAUGUAGACCAUUACACUCAUCUAUAUGGUUCACAUGACAGGAUUGAAGAGCUGACCGAUAUUCUAUCAUACUUUGAGCCCAAUCUAGGGUAUCACCGUUGGAUGACUAUGCCUGACAUGGGUCAUCUUAUUGCAUCUUGUUAUAAUGUGGUAUUGUACCUCUUAUCUGCACAACAAUGCCUUACAUUCCUCCCCCUACGAUUAGUGCCAAUAUCACAAUUUCAACGGCGUGAGAUUGCUAUUGGGUUUGUUAAUGGGAAUCAUUUUGUCUAG